AUGAAUUUCAUCCCGAUACUCAUCGUCUUGAGUUUCUUCACCCCAGCUAUUUCCGCCUCGUUGUUAGUACCUCCUACGGUGACUCCUACGGCUACAACUACUAUUUCCGCAUCAGCAGCAUCGACUUCUUCCCAGAGUCGGGAGGGUUCGAGCAAAGGUUCUAGAGAAAAAAUCCAAGCUACUCGGACGAUUGGAAUGGAUGAAGGAGUUCCUGUAAUCACAGCUGCGCCUAUGAUAGAUGAGAUCCAGCUGCAGGAAAAGUAUCAUCAGACUACUUAUUGGAGUUGUGUUACAAGGAGGACUUAUGUGCAUUGUGGGUGGUAUGUUGUUUUAUUCUUAUUUUUACUUCUUCGAGUUAUUUAUCUCAUUUCAUUCAAACCACCAAUACUGGCUGCGGACUUGGUACUCAAUACAGGAAUCUCAUUUCUCCUCAGAGUUGCAUUUUACAGGUUCCAGGUUCCAAGAUAAUCCAUAAAGGAAAGAUGUUAAUAAAUGAAUAGGCAUGAGCCCGUACUUGUGGGCGGAACAGAAAUUGCAGGAGCGCAGUGUGGGUUGUGUAAUAAUGGGGGAAUGGCUUUGAUGGCUGCGGGGGUGGUGGUUGCGGUGGGGGUUUUGUGA